CUUUCAUUUCUUAACAACAUUUCUGCAACUUUUCGUUUUCCAGUUCCAAUUUUCGCAUAUUUUCUUGAUUAUUAAAAGGCAUACUUCACUUUUAUUUUAUUUUACUGUUGAUAUGUUUUAAUGAUUUAAAUUUUAGAUAUUGUGAAUUAUUUAUAGAAUAGAUAAAAUGAUUACGCUUAAUAGGAAAUUAAAAAAAGAACAUACAGAAACCAAUAACGGCAUAACUAAUGAACCUUUACGAAGGAUAUCAGUGAGGGACAAACUAUUAGUGAAAGAGGUGCAGGAAAUGAAUGAGAAUUUGCCGCUGACUUGUUCCGUGCACUUCGAGGACCCCAACGUCCUUAGUGAGUUCAUUUUGACUGUUACCCCCGACGAAGGUUACUGGUUGGGUGGCAAAUUCAAAUUCAGUGUAUACGUUACCGACGACUACAAUAUGGCUCCACCAAAAGUAAAAUGUGUGACGAGGCUCUGGCACCCCAACAUAAAUCUAGAUGGGGACAUUUGCUUAUCUUUACUAAGACAGACUUCUAUAGAUGAACAUGGCUGGGCACCAACUCGGAGACUUAAAGACGUUGUUUGGGGCCUCAAUUCAUUAUUUACGGACCUAUUGAAUUUUGAGGAUCCACUCAAUAUAGAAGCAGCAGAAAUGUACAAUAAGAACAAAACAGAGUUUCAAACGAAAGUACAGGAAUAUAUAGCUAAGAAUAAAAGAUGAAACAUGGUGAUAUUAAUAAUUAAAUAAAUUUAAACAUUGUCUCACUAGCUCUAUAUAAAUACUCUCAAUUACUGUUGUAAAUCAAGACAUUUUAAUAUGUGAUUCAAUGGAAAACUUAAAUAAAGAAAUAGAUGAAAUGCUUCCAGAUUUUUAGAAACUUAUAACAUUGUCGCACUAUUAGUAGUUGAAGAGCUGAUCACAAUUCGUAUCUACUUUCGUUUGUUGUAUUCUAUGUUUACGGUAUUGAAGAAUUUGUAAAUAUAAUUAAAUUAUUACUGAUUGAGGAUGUUAAUAAUUCUAUGAUCUAUAUUGUGAGAGAUAGCAUGCAUAUGGGCCGUCCAUUUAACACGUGAGGCUCUAAAGAGGGGUAGUUGGUUAAAAAUCAUGAAAUAUUAGAAGGGGGUAUCUGAUAUCAUACUACAACACCCCAACUGUAUCUAUUUUAUCGUCAAACCCGCGAUUUCUAUACCGACUUGUAAUAUUAGACUUCGCUAGAAUAAAAUCUUUACAAAGUAUAAAAUGUAGUGGCUUCCGCUGUCUGUUCGCUUAGAUCUUUUAAACUACACAACGGAUUUUCUAGCAAUAUAUAGAGUGAUUCAAGAGGAAGUUUUAUGUGUAUAACAGGCCCGUGCGAAUCCGGGGCGGUUAGCUAGAUUAUAAUGUAUACUUGUAUUUAAAGAGUAAUCUAAAAAUUUUAAGAUCAUUUAUAGGUAUUACAAAUACACUAGAUUUUGGGUUUGUUAGUCUAAAAACGUAUUAAGGAAGGUAUUUAUUCUCUUUACUUAUUUAAGAGCUUAGGAUGAUCCUAAGCUAUUGUGGCUAAAAAACAGCAGAUAAUGAAAAAAUGAAGAGGACCUGUUUUGUGCAGAAUUUUUUUCUCUACAACUUUUAUUUAAAACUAUUUUUCAUAUUUCUUACCGUUAUUGAGUAAUAUUGAAAAAAGGUGUUUUUCAACCCUUUUUUUAAAUUUUUCAUCUCUUUCCCGUCAACUUAUAUCAAAUUCCUUUCUGAAUAUUAUUGUUCACAUAUUUGUGGACUUAAUUUUAUAUAUAUUCUGCAAAAACUGGUCACAUCAUGUUUUAUUUUAAAAUUUUACUAGAUUAAUAGUGAGCAUGUUAGCUCCAUGUUGGCUUCUUAAUUAAUAAGGAAGGGUUAAAAAUGCUAAAAAAACAACGUGAUGAAUGGACGGUCCCAUAGUAGAUUGCAUUUAAUUCUACUAUUAGACAGCAAAUUCAUAUAUUACAACAUUUUAUUUUGUAUUAAAUCGCAAUUAUAGGUAUUUUUUAUAAAAAUUACUAGUGACAUUGUUCGUAGAGAAGAUUUAAAUUCACCUUUCGCAUGUUAAAAUCAAUUUUAUAUGACAAUUGAAAGUACUACAAUUUUAGAUACAAUUAUAUAAAUACUCCAAAAUGUGAUAACUAUCUCUUUUUAAUUAUGAUGUAUGUACAGAUGAGAUGAGAUUAUCCGGACAUCAGUUAGUGAAUUCUCAGUCUCCUGAUUACCAAUGGCA